AUUUCAAUGAAAAAAAUUCAAGUUCUAAAAAUAGAUUUUUAAUUCAUAAAUUUUCACCCACACACAUUAUCAGAUUUGUGAUAACAAAUCUUACAAUGAGACGGCGAAAUUAAGUAAUAAAUAGGCACGUUCCCCAAGUCUUGACAAUCAAGUCACCAAGAUGUUUUUCACCCAAUCUCUCCUAACCGACGUAACAACUCUUGUUGUAACCCUAACUGUCAUCCUAGUAACUUACUACAAAUGGAGUUACACCUACUGGAGGCGUCGGGGAGUCCCCUCCCUGACCCCCAAGAUCCCGUGGGGUAACUUAAGCAACCCUUUAAACCGCAAGGACACAAUCGGAGUCGACGUGAAAAAAAUGUACGAUUCAAUGAGGCGCCAGAACUGGAAACACGGGGGUGUUUUUUUCAUGGCGUCGCCUGUUUACCUCGUCACUGAUCUCGAAUAUGUUAAGGACAUUUUGACCAAAAAUUUCCAAAAUUUCGUCGACCGUGGGUUGUAUUACAACGAGAAAGACGAUCCGAUUAGUGCCCAUUUGUUCGCCAUUGGAGGCCCAAAAUGGCGCAAUUUGCGAACGAAACUAACUCCCACUUUUACCUCCGGGAAGAUGAAAGCAAUGUUCCAGACGUUGCUCGACUGCGAAAGCAAUCUCCAGGAAAAAGUUGCAGCAGAAUUGGGAAAAAAUCAAGCGAUUGACAUUAAAGACGUGUUCGGGUGUUUCACCACUGAUGUCAUCGGCUCUUGUGCUUUUGGACUCGACUGUAACACUUUUAAAGAAGCCGAUUCGCCGUUUCGAAAAUACGGAAAAAAAGUCUUUACAAACACUCCCAUAAGACAGCUCAAGUCCUCGUUUUCUAACAGUUUUCCGAAACUUGCCCAACAAUUUGGAAUUUCUGUGAUGCCCAAAGAUGUAUCAGACUUUUUCACCAAAGUGGUCAAGGACACGGUCGAGUACCGACAAAAAAAUAAUUACACAAGGAAAGACUUUAUGCAACUUUUGAUCGAUUUAAAGGGUGAAGGAAAACAGGAUGGGAAAAGCUUGACCAUGGAUGAAAUUACGGCACAAAGUUUUCUCUUUUUUGCGGCCGGUUUUGAAACUUCUUCCACUACUGUAACGUUCGCACUUUACGAACUCGCCAAACACCAAGACAUCCAACAAAAAGUUAGAGAGGAAAUUGAGACAGUUUUGGCAAAAUUUGAUGGGAAAGUGACGUAUGAAGCGAUCCAAGAAAUGCAUUACAUGAACCAGGUCCUGAACGGUUUUCCAAAAAUGUAGAAAAAAUCGCGACACAUUACAAUUAUUACAAUAAAAAUUUAAGUCGAUGUUAGUGAAAAUAGUGCUAUUUUAGACAGUUUUUGAACUAGAAACGGAAAUUUGUGGCAGAAAAUGUGAAAUAAUUACCAAUUUUGAUCAAAUAACACUAUUUUAGAGCGAUUUAGUAAAUUUUUUCAACCCUAAACGCAAUUAUUUCAAACAUGGGCCUGAAUUUAUGUUUUAUUUUGGGUUUUUGGGCGCUUAAGCACGUUUUUCAGUGAUUAUUUUACGAAAUUUCGUUAAAAUAACUUAAACUACUUUGUAAAUGGUCUUAUUUUUGCGUUUUUUAAACUACUAAUAACAUUUUUAAAUUAAACUGUGGCGGGAAGUAACCAUAAUGUGGUUGAAAACAACAUAAUUUUUCCUUUUUUCGAACAUUUUACCACGUUUUUUUAACCAAAGAUGCAAUUCUAUUGUUGUCAAAAAUAAAUAAAUUAC